AAUGACCACUUGCCAGAUAAUCGUUGGUUGUGUCGAGUUGGUAGUGGUGUGAGGUAGUACUGGUGUGCAUCCUAAUUUUUUUUUCUUUUUUUUGUGGGGAAGCGGCACUUACUGAAAAUUGUCGACCAUGUCAAGAUACCGUGAAUGGGACCUUUCGUGCAAAGUUUAUGUAGGUAAUUUAGGCAGCAGUGCUUCAAAAUAUGAAAUUGAGGCUGCCUUCAGCAAAUAUGGUCCUCUGAGAGAUGUCUGGGUUGCUAGGAAUCCACCUGGCUUUGCGUUUGUUGAAUUUGAAGAUCCAAGAGAUGCUGAAGAUGCAGUGAGAGGCCUCGAUGGCAUGAGGCUGUGUGGAACACGCGUGCGAGUUGAGAUGUCGACUGGACGUAGUCGACGAGGCGGUAGUUGGAGGGGUCGGUCAAGGUCUAGGUCUCCUCGAAGGCGUUCUUAUAGUCGGUCAAGAUCUCGAAGUCGUUCACCUAGGCGAUCGCGAUCACUUUCCAGGGACAGGAGGUGAACUGGCAGCGGUUCAAAUAACGAACUCCGUAAAGGUUGGAUUACUGUCAAAGAGCUGAUAGAGGUAGACAGGCUGAGGAUCCAAUAGUGCUUAUUGUAAAACUCAUUACAUGUUCAUUUAUGGUUUAGUUUUACACACAACAGAAGUGCUAACUGUUACCUAAAAAGUAUCUAGUAUGAUAUUUGUCAUUUUUGUUGUAUACUAAGUCCUGAUCUCUUUACAUGUGAAAGAAAAGUCUUUUAUUUGUUAUUGAUUCCACAGUUCCAUAUCUGUGGGUUAGCAUUGUUAUAAACUAGCAUUCCUUUCUACACUCUAAAGAGGUUUUUUUAAAACGUCUAUGUAAAGGCUUUUUGAAUGUCGUACAAAUAAAAUCAUUUGUAUGCUAAUACUUCUCUUUUGAAGAAUGCACGUUCUAUUUCUUUAUAAGCAGUUAUGAUUUUAUGCAACAUAAUUUUGUAUUGUAUAUUGUAUGUAGUGGCAUGAAUUUUGCUCUAGUGCUGAAUUAAGUUAUACUUUAAUGCCCUUACAGUGCAUAUUUAUAUCAACACUGCUGUGUAGUAAUUAUUAAAUACGUAGAUUAUAGUAUAUUACCAUAAGUGUCUAACUAUGAGUUGAUUUAAGUAUAGUAUGGUAUUUGUUAUAUACUUGUUUUAAAUGUGACUUAGUUAAUAAAUAUUUUUAAAAAUCA